AUGGAACAAUCCAUAAUAUCAGAGUCACCGGCUCCGGUGGUAGCGGAUGUCCAGCUGCCCGAAUACUCCUUGGCUGAGGUUGCAACACACAACAAGAAGGAUGAUAUCUGGAUCGUCGUUCACGGACAAGUAUUCGACGUCACGAACUAUCUUCAAGACCAUCCGGGAGGUGCGGAGGUUCUUCUGGAGACCGCAGGUACAGAUGCCACCGCCGAUUUUGAGGAUGUUGGCCAUUCGGAGGAUUCACGCGAUAUUCUGCAAGAGUAUUUGAUCGGCACCUUGAAAGACGCCAAAAAAUAUGUAUCUCCGAAAGCUGUUCGCGUCAUCCCUCAAAGAUCCCAGAAGACAGCACCACCAAGUUCAUCUUCAGCGCGAUCAGUGGGUGCGAUCGUCGGUGCAUUGGGUACGGCGACAGCUCUUCUGUAUUUUGUCAACCGAAGCAAUCCGGGCGCCAUUGAUAUGAGGAAGGCCUGGGGCCAAAUCAUCCCUUCUAAACUCAAUGUGUCCAGACUCCCGGGCGGGGAAUUUGCCCACGGGUUCAUCAUGGCAACGGCUGUCUGCGCGCUGCUGGGCAGCCUGGUCGCGCAGCAGGCCGCAAAGUUCACGAAAAUCGACUCGGGCUUCCUCCGAUACCCUCCUCGUAUCAAGGCGCGGAAACGCCCGAGAGCUGACCCCCACUUGGCCAAGGGCUUUCUUGACGCCAAGGAAUUCCAGCGCCUGCCGUUGGUGCGGAAGGAUGAAUUGGCAUCGAAUGUGUACCGCCUUGUUUUCACAUUACCCGACCAGAAAGGAGUCAUUGGCCUUCCAAUCGGACAGCAUGUCGCCAUUCGAGCGGUUGUCAAUGACACCACCGUCAGCCGGUCGUACACACCGGUGUCGAACAAUCUGGACCUGGGCCGCCUCGAGCUGCUCGUCCGAUGCUAUCCCGAUGGGCUUUUGAGCGGGCAAUACCUUGCCAAGCUCGAGGUGGGCGACGAGGUAGAGUUUCGAGGUCCCAAGGGAUCUAUGCAGUAUAGCAGGGGACUGUGUACUAAGAUCGGAAUGGUGGCUGGAGGCACGGGCAUCACCCCAAUGUACCAAUUGAUCCGUGCCAUUUGUGAGGACGACCGCGACACCACGGAGAUCAGCCUCAUCUACGCGAACCGUACCGAGAAUGACAUCCUACUGCGCGAGGAGCUGGAGGACUUCGCUCGCAAGUACCCUAAGAAUUUCAAGCUCUGGUAUAUGCUUGACACGGCGCCUGAGGUGUGGCAGUAUGGCACCGGUUACGUGACCCAAGCGGUGCUCAGCGAGCGUCUACCGUCGCCAUCCCCCGAAACCAAGAUCUUGUUAUGUGGCCCUCCGCCUAUGGUCAGUGCCUGCAAGAAGACGCUGGUGGCGAUGGGGUUCCAGAAACCAGGAGCGAUCUCUAAAAUAGGCGAUCAAAUCUUUUGCUUCUGA